CAGAACCAGCACAAGUGCAGGGAAGCUUCAAAAAGUGACGUCAGCACAAAGAGAGCUCGUCAGGAUCAUGGCAGUUGCAAACUGUUUCACCUAUGAAGAAGCUAUCGACGAAAUCAGAGGCUGUCUUUUCAAAGUGUUCAAAAACAUUGAGAGACUGGUAAUCAAAAUGAUCAAAGUCAGCAACAAGACCUUGUGCAAGAUGGAUAUUGAAAUGAUUAGGAAAUUGGCUAAUGAUGCAUAUGGAGAAGUACAUCAAGCUUGUAACAUUGCCUCUGGUUAUGUGCAAAAGAUUCAAUCAGAGUGUGAGAAGUUAACUGAAGACAAAGGCAAAUUACAAAGAGAGUUGGCAGAUAAGAAAGGGCAACUAGACUCCUUGUGGCACCAAUUAAGCACUAUUAAAGUGGAGAAAGAAAUGAAUAAAAAACGCUUGCAGGAUGCGGAAUCAUCGCUGCGACUGGCAGAGGCAGCAUUACAAAAAGCGGAGGAACAUGAAAAAUCAAUGGAAAUUGGCCGGAAUGUUGGCAUUAGGCUUUUAUUUAUUCCCUUUGUAGGCCCAAUAUUAGGAGCUGCAACAGUCGUUGGUUGUGAAAUUAGUAGACAACAAGAUUUGGAGACUCAGUUGUUGGCCCUUUGUGACAUGUGUUCACAGCAGGGGAAUGUUUUAAGAUGUAUAUCAGAUUUGAAUGCUUGUUUUCACAACAUUGACAUGAAACUGGACGAAAUUACCCUGAAUCAAAAAAAGAUACAAGCUUUGGAUGAUGAACUAAAGACUCAGCAAGAGUUGCUCAAGAAACUCUUUGAAACAGAUAGUGAGCUGAAAACAGGCAUAACUGUUCUGAAUGAGCUGGCUGGUAAAGUGGAAAUGCUAAAGACUCGCAGUGAGAAAUUCUUGCAUCUGGAUGUACUGAUCAUUGUUGUGGGUGAUAUAGUUUUACACGCUUCACAUCUGCCUAACAGGCAAGGUGGAAAAGUGCUGUGUCCAAAAAUGAAUAUUGGAAAGUUGAGAAGUCUACUAAGUAAUAUGAAAAAAAUUGAUUGCUGUAAUGCCAAUCUGAGUGAAUGAUGUUAAUGACAAGGAACAAAGUUGCUGUUGCAGUGUUGUUCUGUGCCUAGUGAGGCCCUUCACUUUUAUGAUAUGACACUGGUGUGAUAGGAUGAGUGCAGAAUCCACUGUGCUAACUCUAUGGCACUUAUUUCUUUCUUCCACUUUUCUUUUGACCACAGUGAAGUAUAUUUUCCAAGGGAUAGAUAGGAAUGCUUAAGCUAAUGUCAGCCUAAAAGUAGUACCUGGAGAAGUUUAGUUUGGGCAUGCUAAGUGUUUGUACCUGAACUUUGACAUUUGGACAAUAUGCCCCCCUGAGUUAUCUCCUCAAUCUCUAUUCAUUUCCUUUCGCUCUUGGGCUGGAUUUUCUGCUUUUCAGAAUCACAGAAUCACACAGUGCAGAAGAGGCCCUUCGGCCUAUUGAGUCUGCACCGACACAUGAGAAACACCUGACUUACCUACCUAAUCCCAUUUAC